UGUUAUUUUAGAGACCCUCCAUGUUGGAUGUUCCAGCUCUGCUGCUGACCACUCUGGAGGAGUUCACUGAAGAACAGCUGAAGACAUUUCAGUCUAACCUGACUAGCGUCCAGCUGCCUGGCUUUCCUCUCAUCCCAGAGAGCCAGCUGGAGAACACUGACAGACAGGACACAGUGGAUCAGAUGGUGAAGAGAUACGGCCCUGAGAGAGCUGUGGAGAUCACACUGAACACAAUGAGGAAGAUGGACCUGGGUGAUCUUGCUGAGAAGUUAGAGAGAGAUCACAGAGGAGGUAAUUACAGGUGUUGUUCCUAGUCAGGAUGUUGAGUGUUUCAAAAAAAGAGUCCCAGCUUCUUUACUAUUUCGUUUUAUAACAUAGAAAUGAGGAUACAACAUCUAUGUUCCCUUUUGAUAACACAUCUCAGAAACGCAGGUAACACCUCUAUAAACGGUCAAUAUAGAGUUUGUCAUUUCAACUGUUUUCUCCUCAGUCCUACAGGCCCCCCAAAAAACGUUGAAGGAAAUGCCAAGUUCCACAUCUCAUAGUCCUCCUAGAACCCCAGGUAAGAGUGAAGGAGAUGGUCCUACAGAUGUAGGAUCUUCAUUUGAUCAUUAUUUUGUUGCUGAGAAUGUUCUUAUACGGCAAGAAAUGCAAACUUGUAGUGUAUUGGAGUUUUAAAAAGUUUUCUGAAGUUUGUAUUUUCCACUUGAAUUGACCUAACGAAAAAUGUAUCAACUCAAUAAUAUACAUAAUAGUUCACAUUUCCUGUUGCUGCAGGAUUAUUUUCCUGCUGAAGUAAACUGGCUCAAAUUAAGAUCCUACAUCUGUAUUUAAUACAAAGACAACUUUAAACCAAUAACUAACAAAAUUAGAUAUAUACACUAUUUCUGUGCAGAUUCUCCUCUUCUCCUGGAACCCAAUGAUCCCAUUGUUGGACAGGCCUUCACCUUGCCAUCAGCGACUGAUGGGACAAUGGAAGAAGAGAGCCAGGACUGUGUCAGAGUGCAUCUGUCUGACAGCUUACCUGAAGCCAUGGACGAGUUAAACAUCACAGAAUGUAGAGUAGUGGACCAGAGCCUGUGUACUACUGACCCUCACAUGGUAAGACCCUCACUAGAAAGAAAGAAAGAAAGAAAGAAAGAAAGAAAGAAAGAGAGAAAGAGAGAAAGAAAGAAAGAAAGAGCCGUUGAGUAUCUGAUUUUAUGGUGGAUUGUGGAGGAGGGGGGUUGAGUGUAUUGGAGUAUGUGAGUAUGUGCGUGUGUGUUUGUCCGGCAUCGGUUGUGGGGAGUUGGGGAUGUUGGAUGGGGGGGGGGGGGGGGGGGGUUGGGGUAUGGGAUGGACCACAGGAAUUAUUUGCUAGGAUAAUAAUUGCUUGUCAAUAAAUUAAAUGUAAUACAAUGGCAAUCCGGGUUAUAUGUUAAAAUCCUACGCAUGAACUGCCGACAUUAUUAUGCAUAUUAAUUGAUAAUGAUGGAAAAUAGGAUAUGCAUAAUUUUUUUUAAAUAGUUAUAUAUAUAUAUAUAUAGAGAGAGAGGUGACAGCAUUGGAAAUGCUUUUGGCGGUUAAUCUGCUUCUGUUUUGUGGGUGGCACUGUGUGCUGUUUUCGAUGGAUGGGUCCUGGCCUCUCGGGGCCUUAGGGAUCCGGAGGGACGUGGGUGGGAAGUUGAUCACUGGGAUGACGGCUCAACUUGGGAUGGGGAGGGGCUUUAGCGUGGGAUUUAGUGGAGAACAAUUGAAGGGUUACUCAGUUGCAAUGCAAAUAUCACGGUACAGCUAUAUGGACACUCAAUCAUUACGGUAUUUUUUAUUGGUAAAUUUACAAACAUAUAUAAUAAUAAAUAGACUUCAAACUUGUAUCUCAUUAUGGUGUAUGUUGAAAUUAGUAUAGCCAGUUAUAAUUGUAAUGGCUUAGCUGAUAAUAACAAAAGAAGAACAAUAUUUACAUGGCUCAAAGAGAAGGAAUAUAAUAUAUAUUGUAUACAGGAAACUCAUUCAACAAUUCGAGAUGAAGUUGCGUGGAAAAGGAAUGGGGUGGGGGAAUAUACUUCUCCCAUGGGCAAAGAAAUUCAAAAGGGGUGAUGAUAUUAAUUAAUAGUAAUUUCGAUCCGAAUGUGCAAAUUGUUCAAAUAGAUAUGCAAGGUAGAUGGAUUAUUUUAAAUAUGUUAUUGGACCAUAAACAGAUAUGGCUCAUUAACCUUUACGGACCAAAUAAUGAUGAUCCACACUUCUUUGACAAUAUAUAUAAUAAAUUAUCAACCCUGCAAGCAAUUCAAGACAAUAUUAUUAUGGUGGGGGAUUAUAAUACUGUUUUAAAUAGCUCAAUGGACCGUAAAGGAAAUCACACCACAAACAAUCACCCACAUGCUCUUAAGGAAAUUGUGAAUGUCAUGGAUACAUUAGAACUAGUAGAUAUAUGGAGGCUUAAAUAUACUGAUCUAGUGAGAUAUACAUGGUGGAGACUCAAUCAAGCUAGUCGUAUUGACUUCUUUCAAAUCUCAUUCUCGUUGGCACCAAAAGUUUAAAAAGUGUUGAUAGGGGACAGAAUGCGGUUGGACCAUCAUAUAAUUGUCACGUUCAUUGACGGAAGAAGCGGACCAAGGCGCAGCGUGAUAAGCGUACAUUCUUUAUUUGUGUACACAACAUGAACCAAAACAAUAAACACGAUACGUGAAGUCCUAGGUUACAACACAAACCUUUCGGAACAAGAUCCCACACAGACUGGUGCCAAACGGCUGCCUAAGUAUGGUCCCCAAUCAGAGACAACGAACUACAGCUGCCUCUGAUUGGGAACCACCCUGGCCAACAUAGAUCUACAUGAUCUAGAAACUGAAACAUAGAAAACUAAACAUAGAAACUAAACACCCUGGCUCAACAUUUAAGAGUCCCCAGAGCCAGGGCGUGACAGUACCCCCCCCCCCCCCCCCCCCAAAGGCGCGGACUGCGACCGUGCCACACAAACACAAGAGGGUAGGGGCCGGAUGGGCAUACCACCUCGGAGGCGGAUCCGGCUCCGGGCGUGACCACCACUCUCUCUCCACCCCCCCGUUGCGCCCUUGGUCUGGUCUGGCCCCGCUGGCCGGAGCUGGACUGGACACCGGUGGAACGGAUUGCUCUUGCUCCGGAGUGGAGCCGUGCCGGACUGACGACGCGCACCACUGGCUUGGUGCGGUGAGCAGAAACGGGCCGGACCGGGCUGACGACGCGCACCACUGGCUUGGUGCGAGGGGCAGGAACAGGCCGGACCGGGCUGGCGACGCGCACCACUGGUUUGGUGCGGGGAGCAGGAACAGGCCGGACCGGGCUGGCGACGCGCACCACAGGCUUGGUGCGGGGAGCAGGAACAGGCCGGAACAGGCCGGACCGGGCUGGCGACGCGCACCACAGGCUUGUUGCGGGGAGCAGGAACAGGCCGGGCCGGGCUGGCGACGCGCACCACAGGCUUGGUGCGGGGAGCAGGAACAGGCCGGACCGGGCUGGCGACGCGCACCACAGGCUUGGUGCGGGGAGCAGGAACAGGCCGGGCCGGGCUGGCGACGCGCACCACAGGCUUGGUGCGGGGAGCAGGAACAGGCCGGACCGGGCUGGCGACGCGCAACACAGGCUUGGUGCGGGGAGCAGGAACAGGCCGGACCGGGCUGGCGACGCGCACCACAGGCUUGUUGCGGGGAGCAGGAACAGGCCGUGCCGGGCUGGCGACGCGCACCACAGGCUUGGUGCGGGGAGCAGGAACAGGCCGGACCGGGCUGGCGACGCGCACCACAGGCUUGGUGCGGGGAGCAGGAACAGGCCGGGCCGGGCUGGCGACGCGCACCACAGGCUUGGUGCGGGGAGCAGGAACAGGCCGGGCCGGGCUGGCGACGCGCACCACAGGCUUGGUGCGGGGAGCAGGAACAGGCCGGACCGGGCUGGCGACGCGCACCACAGGCUUGGUGCGGGGAGCAGGAACAGGCCGGGCCGGGCUGGCGACGCGCACCACAGGCUUGGUGCGGGGAGCAGGAACAGGCCGGGCCGGGCUGGCGACGCGCACCACAGGCUUGGUGCGGGGAGCAGGAACAGGCCGGACCGGGCUGGCGACGCGCACCACAGGCUUGGUGCGAGGGACAGGAAAAGGCCGGACCGGGCUGGCGACGCACACCACUGGCUUGGUGCGGGGACCAGGAACAGGCCGGACCGAACUGUGGAGACGGACUGGAGGUCUGGAGCGGAGAGCUGACACAACCCGUCCUGGCUGAAUGCCUAUUUCCACACAAUCUGUGUGAGGCAUCAGCACAGGACGUACAGGGCUGUGCACUCGUACUGGCACUACAGCACGUGGCACUGGCGCAGGAUAUCCGGGACCGAGGAGGGGUACUGGAGGCCACAAGCGUUGAGCCGGCACACUCCGUCCUGGCUGCAUGCCCACCUUAGCACGACACGUGCGUGGUGCUAGCACAGGACGUACAGGACUGUGCCGGAACACUCGCGGCACAGUACGUGGCUCCGCAUAACACGGAACCUGCCCAGUCUCACGCUGCCUAGCCUGAGUACGGGGAGUUGGCUCUGCUCUACCUCUAAGCUCCGCCAACCACCCUUCCAGCCCCCCAAACCUGGUGGCCUCCUCUCCUAGUCCGCCGAUUCGUCCUGUAGCUGCCUCCAGCAGCCCCGUCGUCCACGCCGUGUGCCCCCCCCCCCCAAAAAAAAAUGUCCUGGGGUUGCUUCUCGCGUGUCCAUCGUCGGCACGGUUGGCGCCGUUUCUUCUCUCCUGCCUGGGCAUUACUUUUGCCCAUGGCCCUCUGCCCGCGAGUAUCUCCUCCCAUGACCACCAUUCGCCCACCAGACACAUCGCCAACUUCUCCUCCUGGGCAUGCUGCUUGGUCCUCUGAAGGUGGGAUCUUCUGUCACGUUCGUUGACGGAAGAAGCGGACCAAGGCGCAGCAUGAUAAGCGUACAUUCUUUAUUUGUGUACACAACACGAACCAAAACAAUAAACAAACGAUACGUGAAGUCCUAGGUUACAACACAAACCUUUCGGAACAAGAUCCCACACAGACUGGUGCCAAACGGCUGCCUAAGUAUGGACCCCAAUCAGAGACAACGAACUACAGCUGCCUCUGAUUGGGAACCACCCUGGCCAACAUAGAUCUACAUGAUCUAGAAACUCAAACAUAGAAAACUAAACAUAGAAACUAAACACCCUGGCUCAACAUUUAAGAGUCCCCAGAGCCAGGGCGUGACAAUAAUUGGCAUUUACAUUACUUUUACUGAAUUUCCACGUGGGCGAGGAUAUUGAAAAUGUAAUCAAAGCCUAUUGGAUGAUAAUUUAUUUGUAAUUAGAACAAAGGAAUUUAUAACUGACUUUUUCCGACAUAACAUAGGUACAGCAAAUACACUUAUUGUAUGGGACACCUUUAAAUGUGCCUUUUAGAGGCCAUGCAAUUCAGUACUCAUCUCGAAAACAAAAGCAAUUUAGGUCAAAAGAGUUUAUACUAACAAAGGAAAUAGAAAGUCUAACAGAACAGAUAGAAGGCUCAGAAUAAAUUAGAGGAAAAACAAAAAGAAAUUGAGAAACUUAUUCAAGAAAGAUCAUAUUAUAUUUAUAUAUAAAAAUAAAGCAAACUGGAUGGAAUAUGGGGAAAAAUUCACAAAAUUAUUUUUUUUUCUUCAACAUAGGAAUGCUACCAAAAAUAACUUCAUGAAACUGGUUACAAUUGACGGAGUCACCCAUGAUUCACCUAAUUAUAUUUUGAAGGAGGAAGCAAAGUACUUUAAGCAUAUGUUUUCUUUUCAGUCGCCUCCAUCUCCUCUAACUGAAGCUAAUUGUAGAGAUUUUUUUUCUAUUGAUAAUGUAAAAUUAACAGCCAUACAGAAAGACUCAUGUGAAGAUGAAAUUACAGAGGAGGAACUUCUGGAUGCAAUUAAAGACUUUAAGUCUGGGAAAACUCCACGGUUGGAUGGCAUACCAGUCGAGGAAUACCAAACCUUUUUUGAUAUACAGUGGGGGAAAAAAGUAUUUAGUCAGCCACCAAUUGUGCAAGUUCUCCCACUUAAAAAGAUGAGAGAAGCCUGUAAUUUUCAUCAUAGGUAAACGUCAACUAUGACAGACAAAAUGAGAAAAAGAAAUCCAGAAAAUCACGUAGGAUUUUUAAUGAAUUUAUUUGCAAAUUAUAGUGGAAAAUAAGUAUUUGGUCAAUAACAAAAGUUUCUCAAUACUUUGUUAUAUACCCUUUGUUGGCAAUGACACAGGUCAAACGUUUUAUGUAAGUCUUCACAAGGUUUUCACACACUGUUGCUGGUAUUUUGGCCCAUUCCUCCAUGCAGAUCUCCUCUAGAGCAGUGAUGUUUUGGGGCUAUCGCUGGGCAACACGGACUUUCAACUCCCUCCAAAGAUUUUCUAUGGGGUUGAGAUCUGGAGACUGGCUAGGCCACUCCAGGACCUUGAAAUGCUUCUUACGAAGCCACUCCUUCGUUGCCCGGGCGGUGUGUUUGGGAUCAUUGUCAUGCUGAAAGACCCAGCCACGUUUCAUCUUCAAUGCCCUUGCUGAUGGAAGGAGGUUUUCACUCAAAAUCUCACGAUACAUGGCCCCAUUCAUUCUUUCCUUUACACGUAUCAGUCGUCCUGGUCCCUUUGCAGAAAAACAGCCCCAAAGCAUGAUGUUUCCACCCCCAUGCUUCACAUUAGGUAUGGUGUUCUUUGGAUGCAACUCAGCAUUCUUUGUCCUCCAAACACGACGAGUUGAGUUUUUACCAAAAAGUUAUAUUUUGGUUUCAUCUGACCAUAUGACAUUCUCCCAAUCCUCUUCUGGAUCAUCCAAAUGCACUCUAGCAAACUUCAGACGGGCCUGGACAUGUACUGGCUUAAGCAGGGGGACACGUCUUGCACUGCAGGAUUUGAGUCCCUGGCGGCGUAGUGUGUUACUGAUGGUAGGCUUUGUUACUUUGGUCCCAGCUCUCUGCAGGUCAUUCACUAGGUCCCCCCGUGUGGUUCUGGGAUUUUUGCUCACCGUUCUUGUGAUCAUUUUGACCCCACGGGUGAGAUCUUGCGUGGAGCCCCAGAUCGAGGGAGAUUAUCAGUGGUCUUGUAUGUCUUCCAUUUCCUAAUAAUUGCUCCCACAGUUGAUUUCUUCAAACCAAGCUGCUUACCUAUUGCAGAUUCAGUCUUCCCAGCCUGGUGCAGGUCUACAAUUUUGUUUCUGGUGUCCUUUGACAGCUCUUUGGUCUUGGCCGUAGUGGAGUUUGGAGUGUGACUGUUUGAGGUUGUGGACAGGUGUCUUUUGUACUGAUAACAAGUUCAAACAGGUGCCAUUAAUACCGGUAACGAGUGGAGGACAGAGGAGCCUCUUAAAGAAGAAGUUACAGGUCUGUGAGAGCCAGAAAUCUUGCUUGUUUGUAGGUGACCAAAUACUUAUUUUCCACCAUAAUUUGCAAAUAAAUUCAUUAAAAAUCCUACAAUGUGAUUUUCUGGAAUUUCUUUUCUCAUUUUGUCUGUCAUAGUUGACGUGUACCUAUGAUGAAAAUUACAGGCCUCUCUCAUCUUUUUAAGUGGGAGAACUUGCACAAUUGGUGGCUGACUAAAUCCUUUUUUUCCCCACUGUAUGUCGCACAUGCAGCUAACAAAAACGUAUGGAAAUGUCUGCUCUACCCAAAAUUACAACCAAAUAAUUGCAGCCUUACCGCAAAAGUGGAAGAGGAAAGUGGAACGGGGAGAAAGUAAGGAACUUGUCUGUUGGCCUUGCAUUAAAUAACAUAAUUGGUUAAGGAAAACUGUGAUAAAUAAAACAGUAUAUCAGUUUCACUUAAGGACCAAAGGAUUGACAGCCGUCCCAUAUAAAUUGCAAAAUAGUUGGGAAGAGAUUUUUGACGUACCGAUCCCAUGGCAUAGUGUUUAUGAACUGACACGCAAAACGACACCAGAUUCAAAAAUUUGAAUCUUUCAAUUUAAAUUAUUAUAUAAAAUUCUUGCUACCAAUAGAAUGUUAUUUAUAUGGGGGAUACAAUCUUCCCAGCUCUGCAGAUUUUGCUGUGAAGAGACAGAGUCAUUAGAUCAUUUGUUUUGGUUCUGUCCAUUUGUAGCUUGUUUUUGGACACAGGUCCAGGAAUGGCUAAAGGAUUGCAAUAUUUACCUGAAGCUAACCUUGCAGAUAGCAUUACUGGGUGAUCUGAAAAGUCAUAGUCAAUCGAUCAAUAAUGUAAUAAUACUUUUAGCAAAAAUGUUUAUUUUUAAUUCACAAUCUGUAGAAGCAAUGAGAAUAGAAAGGUUCAGAACUUUUGUAAAACAUCACAGUACAGUUGAAAUAUAUAUGGCAAAUAUAAAUCCUAUAUGGAUGGUGUUAAAAGAUAGAUGGGAGGUAUUGAAUGGAGUUGAAGGAUGGGACUAAUAACAAAUAACAAUAAAUAAUAACAAGAUAACUAAUAAUGUAAGCAUACUGUGUCCAUAAUAAGUAUAUAGAUUGUAUGUUGGGAGCUUUUGGGAAAGAGCACAGUUAGAAAGAUAUGGCAUAUAGAAGCAAACCGGAUGGACAUCAUGAAAAAUAAUCGGAGAGGUUGAGAGUAGAAGAAGUUCAGGAGCAAAAACAAAUAAAAUAUAAUUAUUGUAAAAUUGAAUGUGUUCAUAAGGUGUAGAUAGUAAGUAUAGGCUGGAAGUAGAGGCCUGGGCAUUGUUGUUCACUAAUUUACCCCAAGUAGGGAAAGGAUGGUGGGGUUGAAAAGUAAUAAAGGGGAGUAUAUAUAUAAAAAACAUGGGGGAUUGGAAGUGAUGCAGACAAUUACAUUGAUGGAAGUUACAAUCUAUCUGCAAUAUUAAGCUGAUCUACCCCCACAAAAACAAAGAAAGAAAGAAAGAAAGAAGAGAGAGAAAGAAAGAAAGAAGAGAGAGAGAAAGAUAGACAAGUUGAAUAUGUUUCUAUUAAACUACUCUUCAAACCCUUUAAAAUCUAUUGUUUUUACAUUUUAGAGGUCUCCUGAAAACUUUGAACCAGAAAUCUACGAUCGUGAGGACAAGGGAGCAUACAGGUAACUCAGUAUUAUUUUACUUGUUUUCUCAUGAAUAGUUUGUAAGGACAAUGCCUCAUUUUUCAAAUCAUAUUCAGGAAAUGUAAUUAAAAUGUCAUUCUUCACCAUUGUUUGUUCUACAGGUUCCAGUGCCUCCGUUCAGGUCUGUGUCAGUGCAGUAUAACAGGCCUGGUGUUUAGGAUGGAGGGAGAGGGAGAGGUGCUCUAUAGGACAGUCCCCUGGAACAGGAGGCUUCUAGCCAAGAGAGGCAAGAGACCUGCAGGACCCCUGUUCAACAUUGACUGCUCUCAGAAGUCUGUCUGUCAACUACACCUCCCACACUGUGAGAUUCAUUCUGGUAAGUAAUACAUUUCCAGGGAGGUUAUAGACUACGUAUUCUUAAUCACCAUCAGUAGCAUCACUACUCCACUACUUGGUUGUUAUUGUCAUCUGAACAGAAGACUAAUGUUCUCUUUCUCUCCUAGAGGGUGGAUGUGACUUCCUGUCUGUAGCCCAUGAGACUGAUGAUGACAGUAUGGAGUUUCUCCGUCCCCAUGAGACAACAGAAACUCAUGUCAUAUUAAACAUCAAUGGAUUCAGCAAAUAUGGCAUCACCAAGGAUAUGGAAGCCCCUGUCUCUCCUAUCCGUGGUCUGGUGCUACUAUUUUACCAACUCCCAGAUGAUACAAAUAAUUCCACCCUAAAUGUGUUGUUGCUGCCCAGAAAUGUUGACAUUGAUGAGGUAAGUAGAUUAGAGUUGUCAAACUCUUCUUUCGUUGGAAUUCUAUCAAACUCGUACUGUUGAACUCACCUUUUGCCUUAUUUUGGGGUGGAACGUAACACUAAAUGGUGAAUCCAAACCUGGGGGGUCUCUCGCUCACCAACCCAACAUCUUAACCAUUACAUCAAGACGAUACCCUCAAGGUCCGAGGGCGACAUUUGGGCUUCCAUGUUUCAGGCAGGGCUUACUGUCACGACUUCCUCCGAAGCUGCUUCCUCUCCUUGUUCGGGCAGGCUUCGGUGUUCGUCGUCACCGGCCUUCUAGCCACUGCCUCUCCUCAUCUCAUCAUUCCAUUUGUUUUGUCUUGUUUAUUACACACACCUGGUUUCAAUUCCCCUCAUCAGUACCUGUAUAAGUGUUUCCUCUGCCCCCUUGUCUUUGUGUGUGAUUGUUUAUUGUGGAGGUUAUAUGAGCUCGGUGGAGCGCCUUGUACCUUGUAUCGACAUAUAUACAGAAUAAACCUUUAUUCUGUGAUUUACCCUCCUGCGCCUGACUCCGUCCAAAUCACACGCCACAGCUACCUCACCAUGACAGUGUGUUCCAAACCAUUUUCAAUCCUCUCAAGGUGUGUGAGAAAAGGAGGAGAAGGAAUGGAGACAGAGAAAAAUACAUUGAAAUAAAUCCUAACUGUAGACUAACCCCGGACCAAGAAUACACCCUCUCCACCGAUCUUACAGAUGAACAUCACAUAGAUCCAGAGGUAGGCUAAUAUAUAUAUAACAUGAGCUAGAGAGAGAGAGAGAGGAAAUGUGUUAACACAUGUCAAUUAUUUUUGUUAUGCUACCUUGAUAAGAAAUAGAAAUCACGUACAAUUCUGUUUGACUUGAUACUUAUGCAUUUUUUCCAGGAAGCAGAGUUUGUGGAUUAUGAUUCCUAUACAAACUACAUGCCAACAUUCCUGUUGCGUUUAAAAACUGUUGUUGAAGAAGUUAAUCUUCUUCUGGAAGAACAUGACGGUCCUGAAAAUGAAUGUGUAUGGAACCGCCUUGUUUCACUACCAGGUAACUGAAAUUCAGAGAGAGUAGGAGUUACUAUAGAACUAGUAGUAAUAGUAGCAUUUUACAUUUACAUUUUACAUUAGUAGCAAUCAUCAUAAUAGUAUGGUAGUAGUGCUGUUGUUGAUUUAAUCUAAUUAUGAUACAAUUGAUUAUUUCACCAUAUAAAUGUAGUACAUCACCUUCUCUUUUAAUCCACAGCCUCACCAACAGAAGUGAAGUCUACAGGUAACUGGUCUCAUCAAACCUUAUACUUGUCUUAGUCUCAUCAACUCACAAUUCAAUUGGGAACAACUCAUAUUCUCCUAAUGGUUCUGUGUUGUGCGCCAUUUGAUUUGACCUGCGGUUUAACCUCAUAAACUGCACCAUAAACUUAAACGACUAUAUUCUUUAUGGUCUGUCACUUAUUUUGUUAAAGGUCAUGCACAGUCAAAAUCAUGUUUUUCAUGAAAUGUGAUGAUAUUCGGAUUAAAUCAGAUCAAAGUAGGAUGACCAAAGUAUGAAAAAUGACUGUUGCUUCUGCAUUGAUAAAGUUAUCAUAAAGUUACUCAUCCUCUCCCCCAUGUCAACCACUUGGAUUCAGGAGCUGGGAUUAUUAAAGGAUUUUUGUGACAUUAUUUUCUUACCUAAUUAAAAUAAGUACCGCCUUGUAACCAACAUCGCAGAAGGCGUAUUCGCAGAGGGGUGUGGUUUACAUAGCAGCGUGUUCGAUGAAUAGGGGAAACCUGUAAUUAUAUUUUCUAAGGCAAAUAUACUUAUAGGUUUCCGCUUUCAUUUGUGUCUGGUGUUAGCUAGUUACUGGCUAGCUAGGUCUUUCACCAGCAUGGAACAAAAAUGGAGGAAGGUUAGCCCAAAACUCAGACACAAUUGUCAUGUCAUUACAUCAAGAGACAAACAUGAGAUUCAUACAAACUUCUUGACAUCAUUGAUAGUCAUGAUAUAUGACAUAUUAAGUAAUUAACAUUGUCUGACUGAGUGGACAAAACAUUAUGAACACCUGCUCUUUCCUGACAUAGACUGACCAGGUGAAUCCAGGUGAAAGCUAUGAUCCCUUAUUGAUGUAACUUGUUAAAUCCACUUCAGUCAGGGGAGGGGAUGGGUUAAAGAAUGAUUUUUAAGGCUUGAGACAAUUGAGACAUGGAUUGUGUAUGUGUGCCAUUCAGAGGGUGAAUGGCCAAGACAAAAUAUUUAAAUGCCUUUGAACGAGAUAUAGUAGUAGGUGCCAGGCGCACCGGUUUGUGUCAAGAUCUGCAACGCUGCUGGGUUUCCACCACCCAAAGGACAUCCAGUCAACUUGACACAACUGUGUGAAGCAUUUGAGUCAACAUGGGCCAGCCUCCCUGUGGAACGCUUUCGAAACCUUGUAGAGUCCAUGCCCCGACGAAAAGAGGCUGUUCUGAGGGCAAAAGGGGGGGUGUAACUCAAUAUUAGGAAGGUGUUCUUAAUGUUUUGUACACUCAGUGUGUGUAUAUAUAUAACUUACCCAGACCUCACCCUGUAAAGUUUCAACAAAAAUUGUCCAAGAUGAUCUAUCUAGCUAGCUUGAUAAACAGUGCUGAAAAUUCCAUUUGGGCUAUCUAGCUAAAUGAUAUAGCAACCAUUAUUUCUAUAUUGAUGCUUUUACAAUAACCAAACAGGAUAAACAAAUAAUUUGUGAAACCAUGAUAUGAGUUGCUUUGUGUAUCAGCAAAUUAUCUUGAGACAAUCUCAUUGCAACACUGCGUCCAUGUUGCUUUACAUAGGCGGUUUCAAAGAACUGUCAGUCAAGGUGAGCUCCCCGCCCACUCAGUCUGUCUUUUCAGACUUCCUGGUAGUUUCACAUGAGAUAAACUUUUUAUCGGGGAAAAAUAUUGUUGUGUCAGGAGUUGCUAUGGUAGGUGUGGUGUGGAAUCAGGCGCAGGAGGCAGAAGUAAAGUCCAACAAAAAUACUUUAGUAGAUAUCACAAUAAAUAUCCAAAACCAGCCCGGAGCCGAGAGAAGCGCGCACAGGCGUAAACAAACGGGCGCAAUCAACAAGUGCGUAAUCUACUCCUAAAACACAAACAAGGAGGAAAGCACAAAAUAGCGCACCAAAAUACAUGCAGCGCAGCAACACGACAUGGAACAUAUUUAUUCUCACUGAAGGCAACACGAACAAAACAAUGAACGAUACGUGACAGUUCACGGUUACCAUAAACAGACUCGAAACAAAAACCCACCAACACGAAUGAAAACCCGACUGUUUAAAUAUGGCUCCCAAUCAGAGACAACCAGCUGACACUCGUUGCCUCUGAUUGGGAGUCACUCAGACCAACAUAGAAAUAAGUAACCUAGACCCACAACAAAAACAUAGAAACUAACACCCUGGCUCAACAUACGAGAGUCCCCCGAGCCAGGGCGUGACAGUACCCCCCCCAAAGGCGCGGACUCCGACCGCGCCAACGAAACACAACAGGGGAGGGACCGGUUGGGCACUCCGCCUAGGCGGCGGAUCCGGCUCCGGGCAUGAUCCCCACUCGCUCUCUAACCCCCCCAAAGUACCCCUGGUCCGGUCUGGUCCUGCUGACCGGAGCUGGACUGCACACUGGUGGAGCGGAUUGCUCUAGCUCCGGCGUAACGCAUCUGACCGGCGCCGGACCAGGCACCAGUGGAACAGGCACGUGCCGUGCCGGACCGACGAUGCACACCACUGGCUUGGUGUGGGGAACAGGCACGGGCCGUGCUGAACUGACGACGCACACCACUGGCUUGGUGUGGGGAGCAGGAGCGGGCCGGACAGGGCUGACGAAACGCACCACAGACUUGGUGCUGGGAGCAGGAAUGGGCCGGACUGGGCUGGCGAUGCGCACCACAGACCUGGUGCGGAGAGCAGGAACGGGCAGAGCCGGGCUGACGAGACGCACCACAGGCUUGGUGCGGGGAGCAGGAAUGGGCCGGACUGGGCUGGCGACACGCACCACAGACCUGGUGCGGGGAGCAGGAACGGGCAGAGCCGGGCUGACGAGACGCACCACAGACUUGAUGCGGGGAGCAGGAAUGGGCCGGACUGGGCUGGCGACGCGCACCACAGACCUGGUGCGGAGAGCAGGAACGGGCAGAGCCGGGCUGACGAGACGCACCACAGACUUGGUGCGGGGAGCAGGAACAGACCGGACCGUACUAGGGACACACACCACUGGCCCUACACCGGGAUCUGGAACGGGCCGGACCGGACUGGUAACACACCCCAGUACCUCUCGCCGUGCCUCUACACCUUCCAUCCCCUCUUCUACCAGUGGCCCCCGUAACCUGGCGGCCUCCUCUGCAACCCCGCUGGACCGCUCCAUAGCGGCCUCCUGCUGCCCCGACGUCGUGUGUAAUUCUGUCAGGAGUUGCUAUGGUAGGUGUGGUGUGGAAUCAGGCGCAGGAGGCAGAAGUAAAGUCCAACAAAAAUACUUUAGUAGAUAUCACAAUAAAUAUCCAAAACCAGCCCGGAGGCGAGAAAAGCGCGCACAGGCGUAAACAAACGGGCGCAAUCAACAAGUGCGUAAUCUACUCCUAAAACACAAACAAGGAGGAAAGCACAAAAUAGCGCACCAAAAUACAUGCAGCGCAGCAACACGACAUGGAACAUAUUUAUUCUCACUGAAGGCAACACGAACAAAACAAUGAACGAUACAUGACAGUUCACGGUUACCAUAAACAGACUCGAAACAAAAACCCACCAACACGAAUGAAAACCCGACUGUUUAAAUAUGGCUCCCAAUCAGAGACAACCAGCUGACACUCGUUGCCUCUGAUUGGGAGUCACUCAGACCAACAUAGAAAUAAGUAACCUAGACCCACAACAAAAACAUAGAAACUAACACCCUGGCUCAACAUACGAGAGUCCCCCGAGCCAGGGCGUGACACCAGUGCACCAGAGUAGCACAGUCAAGUUGUUGAUAGAUUAUAUUCUCAGUGAUGUCACCUUGCCUGAGACCUGACCAAGAUGAUUAAACAUUCACAAUGUUCCUGAUAAUUCUUCCACUUUCAGAUAUAUAAAAAUAUUCCUCCUUUAUAUUGGGAGACUAUAAAGAAUAGAGUCCCUGAUCUUGUAGUCUGCAGCCAGUGUACCAGAGUAACACAGGUAGGUUGUCUGGUAGACAGUAGCCUCACAGUGAUGUCACCUUGCCUGAGACCUGGGGCUCAUUCAAGACCGUUAAACUUUCACAAUGUUGCAGAUAGCCUAUCUUGUUAGAUAAGACAUCCUUAACUUUUCAUGUGGUGUGAAAAUGGUUGAUGUCCUUUGUAAGCAUUACAUGAUCUGCAUUUGAAAAACUCGUAAUGUUUCACACUAUGGCACAGAACCCCCGGAGUUAACUGUGACCCCCUUCCUCUCCCCUCCUUGGGAAUGUAAUACAUUAUUCACUCAUGUUGUGUUGAGGCUGCACAUUCAGACAUUCAUUUGUCAACUUCUCCUUUAACUCAAUAGCCAGUUUGUUCUGGCCCAUCUUCCUCAGGAUCUCCAGUGUGAUCUUCACAGUGCCGUCGUCAAGGUAUCGCUGCACCAUCAUAUCCACUGUGGCCUCUUUGGUAGCGUUCUCCAACUGGCUCUUUGGGAUUGAAGGAAAAUCCUCCACUCCCUGACUCAGGUGCCACUGGAAUGUCUCCAGCUGUUCUGAGACCAGCUCUGCCAGAGUGCCCAGCAGCAGAUAAGAAACAUGUGUUGUUGUCCCUAGAUACAGAAACAUAAAACAAUGAGAACUAUAACAUGUGACAUCAUAAUAACUAAAAUAAACAGUCCUGACGGAUCUGAAUUCUCCUUGUAUGUUUAAGUAGGUAAACAAGUUCCCUGUUGUGUGUGAUGAUGCCAUCUUGCUGAGUCUACCUUUAAUAAUUGCAAUCGAAGACAUUCAAAAUGUUUAUGGUUUUGAAGAUUGUGCCAAUACACUGACUUCCUGUUAGCAGUUUGUCCCAUGGCUAUGUAGAGCUGGUGAGUAUGGGUGUCUCUGUAGUGGGAGACUGCACCUUAUUGAGGUGAAUAUAUCUAAAUGAAUGUAUUUGUAUUUCUAUUGCUAUAUCAGAGCACUUGGUUACUAUAGUAACUCUAUGCACACUAUCUUUAGUAACUCAUGUUUUCUUUCGAUUGUGUUUAGGAUCCUAAAAAAAGAUACACGAUUGUUUUCGCUGCAAUAAUCAGACAUGAAGGAACUCUUACACAACUAACUCUCCCGGGGAAGACAGGAAAUGAUAUUUACCUGCUGUAGCGCCACCUUGUGGUGUAGCUGUAGAUACAAAAAUAUAACUUGUUAAAGGUCGCGAACAGUCAUUCUGAGUCAGUAAAAUAGCCUUUUGAGUAACAAGGUUUCCAUCCAACCAAUUCAUGCGGAUGAAUUACCUGACGCAUGAAAAAAGUCACGACCGGGCUGAUAAAACAGGAAAUGCUGGUACACUUUUAUAAAUGCAGACAGACAAUUAGUUCAUUUGACAUGGUGGGAUCUUUUUGUGUCGGGAAAAUGUAUUAUGCGAGAAAUGGGAGUGCCAAAACGCCUUUAUACGCAAAUAUGUAUAUAAUAAUCAACAUAUCGGAGUAAAUUUGGAGUCACGCCAUAUGUUGUGUGGUCCUCCCAUUAAGACUUGGGAAAGCAUGCAGUUCAGGCUUCAGAUGAAAUAAGUUAUGAUAAACUUCACAGGGUGGUGAAUAUGCAAGGUGAUGAGCUUUAUGCUCCUUUCCAAUAAAUAUCGAGGGUCUUAUUCUGGUGACAUUUUGAACUAUGCUUUGCUGCCGUUUGACUAAUACAAAUAAUAUCGCUCUUAUCCAUAAUAAUCUCAUAAUGUAGGUAGCCGACCUGCACUGUAUCUAGCUGUUGGCUAGAGCGCACGUGCCAAGACCAGAGUGGGCACAUUUGUUAUAAUGCAACAGUUUUUGUGACAAAACCAUCAGUAGAGUUGAAAAUGCGUUGGAAACCCAUUUAACUUAUAUUUUUCAUUCAGUACAUGGGAAUUAAUUUUUAUGUGCACUACGCCAAGUUAUUUCUAUGUGCAGUACGUCACCACGCUCAGCAUUUUAUCCGCAAUAGAGCUCGCUAGCUUGUAGUCCUAAAACCCGGAAAUGAGUUACCUCUGGUUCGUUCAGCCAUCCCUAUGGAAAGAAUAGGGUUUUGGUAUGAAUGUCCAAAAUAAGUCCGAAAUUAACACAGCCUUAGGAGAUGUUAUACGUUUUGUUUUAUGAGAUAAUAUCAGUCAGUCAACAUUACCUUUAUGAAUUAUGAAGCCUUUAUGAUUUGUGUUUAAUAUUACUACAUAAAUGUUAAAAAAUUCACAAAAAGUUACUUUAGCUGAUAAAGAUUAUCUCAUAGAACAAAAAGUAUAAGCUCUCCUAAGCCUGUGUUUACCGCAGACCUUACUUUCGGCAAUUAUCGAAAAACUUUACAAAAACGCCAUUCAUUUCCCCAUUGGCUUUUCCCAACGAACCAUGGCGGAGUUGGUUACAACAAAAAGACGCCAUCACUAUUGCUCUCUAUAAAUCAGUUUGAUGGAAACACAUCUCUGGUGGGAAAAUGUGCAUAUUGUUUUGUGCAGAUUUGAGAGAAUAUUCACAUGAAAAUCUGUCGCAAACUGGAUGGUAACCUAGCUACAGACUAAAACAUCACCAACAUGUCACGAUCGUCUAAUGAGGGAGACCAAGGCGCAGCGUUGCGAGUGAACAUAUUCUAUUUAUUUAAAUGAUCACACGAACCAAAACAAAUAAACAACGAAUGCGUGACGUCUAUGGUACAACACGAACACACACGAACAAAAUCCCACAACCCGAAAGAAAAACAGACAGAUUAAAUAUGGCUCCCAAUCAGAGACAACCAGCCGACAGCUGACACUCGUUGCCUCUGAUUGGGAGUCACACCGGCAAACAUAGAAAAUAGACAACCUAGAACACCCACCAAAGAAACGGAAAACAUAGAAUGAACACACCCUGGCUCAACAUAAUGAGUCCCCGAGCCAGGGUGUGACAGUACCCCCCCCUAAAGGCGCGGACUGCGACCGCGCCUAAAUAAGAGCAAAAACGGGAGGGCUGGGUGGGCAUUCCUCCUCGGCGGCGGCUCCGGCUCCGGGCUUGACCCCCACUCCUUCUCGAACCCCCCAAAGUACCCCUGGUCCGGUCUGGCCCUGCUGGCCGGAGCUGGACUGAACACUGGUGGAGCGGAUUGCUCUAGCUCCGACGUGAAGUCUCUGACCGGUGCCGGACCAGCCACCGGUGGAACAGGCACGGGCCGUGCCGGACUGACGACGCACACCACUGGCUUGGUGUGGGGAGCAGGAGCGGGCCGAGCCGGGCCGUCGAAGCGCACCCCCGACCUGGUGCGGGGAACAGGCACGGGCCGUGCCGGACUGACGACGCACACCACAGGUUUGGUGCGGGGAGCAGGAACAGGCCGGGCCGGGCUGGCGACGCGCACCACAGGUUUGGUGCGGGGAGCAGGAACAGGCCGGGCCGGGCUGGCGACGCGCACCACAGACUUGGUGCGGAGAGCAGGAACGGGCCGGACCAGGCUGGCGACGCGUACCACAGGUUUGGUGCAGGGAGCAGGAACAGGCCGGGCCGGGCUGGCGACGCGCACCACAGACUCGAUGCGGGAAGCAGGAACAGGCCGGGCCGGGCUGACGACACGCACCACAGGCUCGAUGCGAGGAACAGGAACAGGCCGGACCGUACUGGGGACACACACCACUGGCCCUACGCAGGGAUCAGGAACGGGCCGGACCGGACUGGUAACACACCCCAGUACCUCUCGCCGUGCCUCCACACUUUCCCUCUCCUCUGUGACCAGUGGCCCCCUUAACCUGGCGGCCUCCUCUUCACACCCGCUGGACCGCUCCAUCGCGGCCUCCUUAUGCCCCGUCGUCCACGUCGUGAGCCCCCCCCUAAAAAUGUUCUGGGGUUCUCUCCUCCCCGUGGACCAGGCCUCCCUAGCUCUCGCCAGACUCUCGAUCCAUUGCUUCAUAGACCAGCCUCUCUCCUCUUCACUUAGCGUGGCCCAGCCGAAACUCCUACUCCCCUGAUCCAAGGUCCUUCCUCUCUCCUCUUCACGCUGCUUGGUCUGGUUUAGGUGGGAUUUUCUGUCACGAUCGUCUAAUGAGGGAGACCAAGGCGCAGCGUUGCGAGUGAACAUAUUCUAUUUAUUUAAAUGAUCACACGAACCAAAACAAAUAAACAACGAAUGCGUGACGUCUAUGGUACAACACGAACACACACGAACAAAAUCCCACAACCCGAAAGAAAAACAGACAGAUUAAAUAUGGCUCCCAAUCAGAGACAACCAGCCGACAGCUGACACUCGUUGCCUCUGAUUGGGAGUCACACCGGCAAACAUAGAAAAUAGACAACCUAGAACACCCACCAAAGAAACGGAAAACAUAGAAUGAACACACCCUGGCUCAACAUAAUGAGUCCCCGAGCCAGGGUGUGACAACUGGCAGCUGACUACAAGAUCAGGGACUGUUUUAAUGUUGUGACACAAACAUUUUUAUAUCUGUACAUAGUGCAGAAGUUUAUAUAAUGGUAUUUCUAUGCUUUAAUUUUUUUUUAAAUGUAAUUAUUUUCUUACAUAAAAACAUUGAUCCGAUGUAUCAUUCAUUCUACUGAUGAUGUAUUUGUUGAUGACCCCCAUGAAUUUAUGUCUGCAGAUUACAGAUUACAAGAUUACAAGACAAGAAGAAGAAGACACUGAUGUUUGAAUGGUCUUCUACUGUGACAUACAGCAUAGGAUAGCGUUUGUAUUGUUAAUAUAUAGGUAGUUAGUAAUUAAUGAAUCUACAUUUUCUUAUUAGGUACACUACAUGACCAAAAAUAUGUGGACACAUGCUUGUCGAACAUCUCAUUCCAAAAUCAUGGCAUUAAUAUGGAGUUGGUCCCCCCUUUGCUGCUAUAACAGCCUCCACUCUUCUGGGUUGGCUUUCCACUAGAUGUUGGAACAUUGCUGCAGGGGCUUCCUUCCAUUCAGCCACAAGAGCAUUAGUGAGGUUGGGCACUGAUGUUGGGCGAUUAGGACUGCUCGCAGUCGGCGUUCCAAUUCAUCCCAAAGGUGUUCGAUGGGGUUGAGGUCAGGGCUCUGUGCAGGCCAGUCAAGUUCUUCCACACCGAUCUGGACAAACCAUUUCUGUAUGGGCCUCGCUUUGAGCACGGGGACAUUGUCAUGCUGAAAUAGGAACGGGCCUUCCCCAAACUGUUGCCACAAAGUUGGAAGCACAGAAUCGUCUAGAAUGUAAUUGUAUGCUGUAGCGUUAAGAUGUCCCUUCACUGGAACUAAGGGGCCUAGCCCGAACAAUGAAAAACAGCCCCAGACCAUUAUUCCUCCUCCAAACUUUACAGUUGGCACUAUGCAUUGGGGCAGGUAGCGUUCUCCUGGCAUCCGGACUGCCAGAUGGGGAAGCGUGAUAAAUCACUCCAGAGAACGCGUUUCCACUGCUCCAGAGUCCAAUGACGGCAAGCUUUACACCACUCCAGCUGACGCAUUGCGCAUGGUGUUCUUAGGCUUGUGUGUGGCUGCUCGGCCAUGGAAACCCAUUUAAUGAAGCUCCCAACGAACAGUUUCUGUGCUGAUGUUGCUUCAAGAGGCAGUUUGGAACUCGGUAGUGAGUGUAGCAACCGAGUACAGACGAUUUUUACGCGCUUCAGCACUCGGCAGUCCCGUUCUGUGAGCUUGUGUGGCCUACCACUUCGCGGGUGAGUCGUUGUUGCUCCUAGACGUUUCCACUUCACAAUAACAGCACUUACAGUUGACCGGGGCAGCUCUAGCAGGGCAGAAAUUUGACUAACUGAUUUGUUGGAAAGGUGGCAUCCUAUGACGGUGCCACGUUGAAAGUCAUUGAGCUCUUCAGUAAGGCCAUUCUACUGCCAAUGUUUGUCUAUGGCGAUUGCAUGGCUGUGUGUUCGAUGUUAUACCCGUCAGCAACGGCUGUGGCUGAAAUAGCAGCUCCUUCAGGGUUAUCUAGACAACAGAAACAUAGAUCAUAAUAAACAUCACUGGAUUCUCUGAUUAUGGCCUCACCAAGGAUGAGGCUCCUGUCUUCCCUAUCCAGGGGCUUGUGUUGUUAUUCUACCAACUGUUUGUCCCUGAAGAGAGGUCCAUCCUGAAUGUGUUGUUGCUUCCCAGUAAUGUUGUGAUCAGGGAGGUCAGCAUAACAUUUCAUACCCCACUUCUAUCUGGCUGGAAUUCCACCAAGCUGGCAGUGUCAAACGCACAACAUGGAAACAAUAAAAUGUGCCCUGUGCCUCAAGAAUGCAUGUUCAUAUACUAGUUGAAAUCAGACCAGAGUCAAGUAAUUACAGUGGCUUGCGAAAGUAUUCACCUCCCUUGGCAUUUUUCCUAUUUUGUUGCCUUACAACCUGGAAUUAAAAUGGAUUUUUGGGGGGUUUGUAUCAUUUGAUUUACACAACAUGCCUACCACUUUGAAGAUGCAAAAUAUUUUUUAUACAAACAAGAAAUAAGACCAAAAAAACAGAAAACUUGAGCGUGCAUAACUAUUCACCCCUCCAAAAUCAAUACUUUGUAGAGCCACCUUUUUGCAGAAAUUACAGCUGCAAGUCUCUUGGGGUAUGUCUCUAUAAGCUUGGCACAUCUAGCCACUGGGAUUUUUGCCCAAUCUUCAAAGGCCAAACUGCUCCAGCUCCUUCAAAUUGGAUGGGUUCCGCUGGUGUACAGCAAUCUUUAAGUCAUACCACAGAUUCUCAAUUGGAUUGAGGUCUGGGCUUUGACAAGACAUUUAAAUGUUUCCCUUUAACCACUCAAGUGUUGCUUUAGCAGUAUGCUUAGGGUCAUUGUCCUGCUGGAAGGUGAACCUCCGUUCCAGUCUCAAAUCUCUGGAAGACAGAAACAGGUUUCCCUCAAGAAUUUCCCUGUUUUUAGCAGCAUCCAUCAUUCCUUCAAUUCUGACCAGUUUCCCUGUCCCUGCCAAUGAAAACAUCCCCACAGCAUGAUGCUGCCACGACCAUGCUUCACUGUGGGGAUGGUGUUCUCGGGGUGAUGAGAGGUGUUGGGUUUGCGCCAGACAUAGAGUUUUCCUUGAUGGCCAAAAAGCUCAAUUUUAAUCUCAUCUGACCAGAGUACCUUCUUCCAUAUGUUUGGGGAUUCUCCCACAUGGCUUUUGGCAAACACCAAACGUGUUUGCUUAUUUUUUUCUUUAAGCAAUGGCUUUUUUCUGGCCACUCUUCUGUAAAGCCCAGCUCUGUGGAGUGUUUGGCUUAAAGUGGUCCUAUGGACAGAUACUCCAAUUUCCGCUGUGGAGCUUUGCAGCUCCUUCAGGGUUAUCUUUGGUCUCUUUGUUGCCUCUCUGAUUAAUGCCCUCCUUGCCUGGUCCGUGAGUUUUGGUGGGCGGCCCUCUCUUGGCAGGUUUGUUGUGGUGCCAUAUUCGUUAAAUUUUUUAAUAAUGGAUUUAAUGGUGCUUAGUGGGAUGUUCAAAGUUUCGGAUAUUUUUUUAUAACCCAACCCUGAUCUGUACUUCUCCACAACUUUGUCCCUGACCUGUUUGGAGAGCUCCUUGGUCUUCAUGGUGCCGCUUGCUUGGUGGUGCCCCUUACUUAGUGGUGUUGCAGACUCUGGGGCCUUUCAGAACAGGUGUAUAUAUACUGAGAUCAUGUGACAGAUCAUGUGACACUUAGAUUGCACACAGGUGGACUUUAUUUAACUAAUUAUGUGACUUCUUAAGGUAAUUGGUUGCACCAGAUCUUAUUUAGGGGCUUCAAAGCAGAGGGGGUGAAUACAUAUGCACGCACCACUUUUCCAUUAUUUUUUUUUAGAAUUUUGUGAAAAAAAUAUUUUUUUCAUUUCACUUCAGCAAUUUGGACUAUUUUGUGUAUGUCCAUUUCAUGAAAUCCAAAUAAAAAUCAAUUUAAUUUACAGGUUGUAAUGCAACAAAAUAGGAAAAACGCCAAGGGGGAUGAAUACUUUUGCAAGGCACUGUAUGUCAAAGUACUUGAUGUGUGCUUGAUUUAGCUUUGAGUUUGCACUAUUGUGACUGUUUCAUUCGUUCCAUUAUGCAAGGCAAGCUAAAGUAAACACAGCUGAUUGAAACUAACAAAGCAGAUAUGUAUUGUGAUGAAAACAUAUGACCUACAAGCAACAUGUAUUUGAUUGAAGCACAAUUUAUAUGUCCAUUGUUGAUUCUCAAGGUGCAGGAUGAGAGGAAGACAAGGAAUGGAGACAAAGAGACCUUGAUUGAAACAACUCCUCACUGCAAUCUAACCCCGAACAAACCAUACAUCCUCUCCACAAAUAUUACACAUGGAUAUAGGAUCAACCCAACAGUAAUAUCUAUAAGCCAUGAAGAGAUUACAACUUUAGAUAUUUAUUUAGCUGUGACCUCAGUAUAUUCACAUUACAUGUAAGAUCGUAGAUACUGACUCUUGCUUUGUGUUCCAGACAGCAGAAUUUGUGGAUUUCCAAUCCUAUGAAAACUACUUCUCCACUUUUCAGUUGUUCUUAAAAACUGUUGUUAAAGAGUUUGAUCUUCUUCUGAAAGAAAAGGGCAGUACUGAAAAUGUAUGGAACGGACUUGUCUGGUUGCCAGGUAACGGAAAUGUAGAGCUAAACUCAAAUGAAGGUGUGGUGCAG